CUUUUUAGGAGAAAAUGGAUCAACCUUCUUUAAAGAAGUUUUUAGAUUUUUGAUUUUCAGCUGGCGACAUAGAAGAAUGGAUGUUGAGUAUGCUCGUUAUAAAAAUGAGUUAAAUACUAUUAGCAGAUAUUAUGCUAAAGCAUCAGAAUUGGUUUGCUUCACGAACUGUCUUGGACCCAUUGAUUCAUUAAGUACACCAACUACCCUGCAAUCUGUCAUGGUUGUAGUAGGAAAGACUGUCAUGUUUGUUGAUGAGUUAUACUUAAUGGACUUUGGGAAUCAUGAUGCUUUGAUAAAAAUUUUUGAAAGAAAAAAUAUUGAGGCAAAGAAAAAGUUGCAAGAAGAAGCAAAG